CACCGUGGUGUUGAAGGCCUCCAGAUCGACGUCUUCCACCUCGGCGCCGUGGCAGGACCCCGGCACGGUGACGAUGGAGACGCCGAUCACGUUCCCUGCCCCGUCCGUGUGCACCGUCAGCCGGUCCGACAGGCUUCCGGCUGCCGUAACCGGGACCCCCCCAGCCUCCUGAUGCCCGGGCCGCAGCAUGGGUCAGCUGCAGCGCUGCCUGGCGCGCGGGGAGUACGGGCAGCUGCAGGAGUGCCCGCUCUUCGAGAGCGACUUCCUCCAGGUGACCAAGAGCGGGGACGUGGCCAGCCGGGUGACCCUGGGCAUCGCCGCCUCCAGCCCCCGCCUGGAGCUGCCCGACCUCCUGCUGCUGGCGCGGCCCGUCCUGGCGCCCGCGGCGGGGCUCUGCUGUUGCCGCUGCGCCCAGGGGCUGCCCCCGCCGGGGGAGGAGGUCGAGCUCUUUGGGCUGCUGCCCCUGCGCUUCGUGCGGCUCUCCAUCCACGACGAACGGCGGCACCGGCUCAAGGUGCGUCUGGCCUCGGGCCGGACCUUCUACCUGCAGCUCCUGGCGCCGCCCGCCCAGCUGGAGCGAGUCUUCGGGCAGUGGGUGCGACUGCUAUACCGCCUGCGCUACCAGCGGCCCGGCGCCUGGGGCAGGUGAUAUUCAAACCCCCCGGGGAGGAAAAGGGGGCACAGGGCAGGCGCCCCCCCCGGAAACCAGACACACAGGACUGGGGGUGGGCGGAGCCUCACGCCCCUCCCCCAAGAGUGAACCCUAAGACGCAGCAGCCCCCCAAUAAAAGACAAGGAUCCAGCCGGA